AUGGGUUUCGCCGCCACGGGCGACGCCUUCUGUUUACGCGGCGACACGGCACUCCAAGGCGUGACCAACCGUGUGAAGGUAGUGGACGACGUGCUGCUCUCCGACAAAGACUUCCUCACGCACCUCCGCAGCAUUGAUGAGGUACUGUCUCGGUGCAGGACGCACGGCAUCACUCUCAACGCCGAGAAGUUUGUCGUGGCUGCUCCAGCUGUGUCCUUCUGCGGUUACCGGCUCUCAGGGGACGGUAUUGCGGCCGACCCGGAGAAAGUGCGAGCUAUAGCAGACUUCGCCACGCCUGCCAAUCUGACGUCCUUCAUGGGAUUGGUGAACCAGCUGGCAGAGUUCUCUCCCGACAUCACCGCCGCCGCCUUACCUCUUCGUCCCCUGAUGAGCCCGAAAAGGACGUUCACGUGGACACCUGACCAUGACCAGGCCUUCAAAAAGGUGAAGGAGGCCCUGUCAAGUCCUCUGGUCCUUGCCACGUUCAACCCAGCCCUCCCCACCACCCUGCAGACAGAUGCCUCGCGCCUGUACGGCGUAGGUUACGCCCUCCUGCAGGACCACGGAGGAGGAAAGUUCCGCCUGGUCCAGUGUGGCUCGCGAUUCCUCACCGAUACCGAGAUUCGCUACGCCACCAUCGAGAUGGAGCUACUGGCAGUGGUAUGGGCCAUGUCAAAGUGCAAGUUUUACCUGAUUGGCCUACAACACUUCGACCUCAUCACCGACCACAGACCCUUGGUCCCGAUCCUGAAUAGCUACACGCUGGACGCCGUCGAGAAUCCCCGCCACCAGCGGCUGAAGGAGAAAACCUCGGCGUUCAUCUUCACAGCGGUGUGGCGUGCGGGCAAGGACCUCUGCAUCCCCGAUGCCCUUUCCCGCUCUCCCGUCAGCCGCCCGACGCCGGAAGACGAGAUGCUCGGCACGAAUGCCAGCCUCUCCCUCAGCACCGGCGUCACUCUGCAGGCCGUACACUCCCACGCUCACCCCCAGCCUUCGUCAGCUCCUGACGAGGAUCUGGCACUCGAGGAGUUGCGGAAGGCGGCCCGCGACGACCCCUCCUACACCAAGCUCCUGGAGAAGGUACGGACCGGGUUUCCUCGCGACCGCUUUGACCUCCACAACGCCCUCCGCCCGUACUGGAAGUUCCGGGAGGACCUCUACCCAGAUGGGGACCUCGUCUUGUAUGGUGCUCGUGUGGUCGUCCCUGCAGCCCUUCGUCGCCGUGUCCUGUCCCACCUUCAUGAUAGUCAUCGCGGGGCCGAAGCCACCAAGCGCCGCGCUCGUCAGGCCGUGUAUUGGCCCGGCAUAGACGCAGACAUCGUCAGCACUGUCCGCGCCUGCCCUUCGAGUGUCGGCCGACUUCUUCACCGCGGCAGGGAAACACUUCCUAGUCGUCGUCGACCGACUCUCUGGCUGGCCUGUGGUGGUCACCUGCGGCUCCGACACGACGUCUGCCGCCACCGCUACUUCCCGCGCCUCUUCCGUGAUCUGGGUGUUCCUGUGCGUCUGAGGACGGAUGGAGGCCCUCAGUUCACCAGCCGGGAGCUCGCGGAAUUCCUGGAGCGUUGGGGGGUCCGCCACAACGUGUCAUCGCCCAACUACCCACAGUCGAACGGACACGCCGAGGCUGCAGUGAAAGCAGUUAAACACCUCAUCCUGAAGGUGGCGCCGUCCGGUAACAUCGACUGUGAGGCGUUCGACAAAGGCCUUCUGGAGCUGCAUAACACACCGAAUUCCACGCGCCACUCCCCGGCCCAGGUCUUGUACGGCUGUCCUCUCCGUUCCUGUGUCCCUGCCCAUGCCAAAGCCUUCGCGAAGGAGUGGCAGGCCAGAGCCGAGAGCUGUGACCGCCGCGCCGCUACCCGUGCCCGAGAUGCCAUGGCCCGGUAUGACGCCCAUGCCCGCCCGCUUCAGCCGCUGAAGAUAGGUGCUCUCGUGCGCAUCCAGGACCCAACCACGCAGCGUUGGGACAAGGUGGGCACGGUAAUGGGCGCCAGCCGGUCUAGGGCCUAUCACGUCCGGAUGCCGAGCGGCCGCAUCUUGUGGAGGAACCGCCGUUUUCUUCCGCCGGUUUCGCCCCCUGCAGUCGACACCCCGGCCGCGGACGAGUCUCCUCCACGCCCGGACUCACCUCACCUCCCUGUGCCCCGUCGCUCGGAGCGGCUCAGAGCCAAGGCACCCGCUCAAGACUAG